CCUACCAGGUUUUUACAGAAGAUGAUAAAAUUGUGCAAACCUCGGUCAUCUUUCUUCUUUUCUCUCAGUAGACUUGCCUCUCUUCCAUCGAAUAUUUACAAAGCAAACAUGUCUAUGAAAGCAGCAGUCAUUCAUGAAUAUGGUGACUCAUCAAAGUUUUGCUAUGAAGAUGUAGCGAUCCCAGAACCACGGAAGGGAGAGGUGCUCAUUAAAAACCUUGCAAGUGGUGUGAACUUUCUUGAUGUCUACCACAGAAUGGCUGGAAAUGCUAAAGAUCUGCCGAAAAUCCUAGGAGUAGAGGCAGCAGGGAUUGUAGAAAAGCUAGGACCAGACACCGAGGGAGUGGAUGUUGGUGCUAGAGUUGCAUUUUUUCAUGUUGGUGCAGGUUCUUAUGCUCAAUUCAGCUGUAUUCCAGCAAACAGAGUGGUUCCUGUACCAGAAGGUAUUUCCCUUGACUUGGCAGCCAGUGUUAUGGUGCAGGGCAUGACGGCACAUUAUAUGGUCAAGUCUGUUCGACAUCUGAAACCUGGUGUGUCUGUCUUGAUUCAUGCAGUGGCUGGCGGCACUGGUUCAUUUCUGUGUCAAGUUGCUAAACAUGCAGGAGCAUAUGUCAUUGGUACAUGUAGUACAGAAGCCAAGGCUGCCAAAGCCAAGGCUGCAGGUGCAGAUGAAGUCAUCCUGUACUCACAGAAAGACUUUGUUGAAGAGACUAUGCGCAUAACAGAUGGUAAAGGAGUCAAUGUCAUUUAUGAUAGUGUUGGAAAAGACACAUUCAGUAAAGGAUUUGGAUGCCUUGCUCCUAAAGGCAUGAUGGUUAGUUAUGGGUCAUCAUCUGGCACUCCUGACCAAGUAGACAUUCCUACCCUUGGUAAAGCAUCCCAUUACGUCACGCGCCCUUCACUGGUUUCGUAUAUUUCAUCUGUCAAGGAUCUGCGCAUGCGCAGCUCAGAGGUUUUCCAGUGGUUACUUCAGGGUGAUGUGAAACUAAGUGAUUCAAUUAUUCUUUCUUUAUCUGAGGUCAAGAAGGCGCAUGACAUUAUUGAGAGCCGAGGUACCAUGGGGAAAAUCUUGCUUAGGCCUUAAAGGUCAACACUAUAAUGGUAGUUUAACUGGUAAAACUGGUUUUGGAGUGACGGUAGUAGUGUUACGUAGUAGGAAUUAGAGCAGGUGGUACCACUUGAGGCACCUGCCAAGAGAGGCAUCGAAAGUGCAGUAACCUCCGUGUUAGCUGUAAGUUGUGUAUUAGCCAGGUAUUCUCCUAAUGGAGUAAAGUGAAGGGAAGCUCAUCAUCUUUCCCCCAAUCAUGCAUUCCCUGCGCUACAAAAUAGGCCUUUUUCCCCGCAUUCGUACACCACUGUGUUCCUUGAUUAGACUCAUUAUCAAGGUUACUCAGGGUAUCAUUACAAAUACCAACGUUAGUAAAGUAAAAGAUGCACAACUUCUACCUUAGAAACACUUUGAAAUUCAGGUUUUCGGCCCGAUGAGCUUUUACUCGAAAAUAAACAAAAUCAAAUCAUCCGUGGAAAAACUCACCAAAUAUCUUUCACUUAGAAAUACCAUAUUUCGUUGUUUUUAGUUAAAAUAGGUACCGUAUAAAAUACUUAGAAAUUUUCAAAUGGUCGUAAGAGUAGCAGAUUAACCAAUAAACAAAGAGACUACACGACAGUUCGUGAUUUUAUUCAUGCAUGCUUUAGCAAGUGUUUAAUAGUGCAAGUAAAAUCUGAAUCUAUAUUCACCAUUUUCCAUACAUUGGUUCACUGGUCAAACACAAAGCGCUCAAGCGAUGCGCCAAGGUACUUUCAAAGGAUUAUUCAAAUUUGAUCCUUGCAACCUCGACUGAAUGCUUUGCGUUUGACCAGUGAACCGAUGUAUGGAAAAUGGUGAGUCUAAACUAUACAAAGUAUGUGAACAAUGUGACAAACAAUGCAUUGCGCUCCUAGAUUUCAAAUCAAUUGCUUAGUGGCGUAGCUCACUUUUGAUAUGCUUUGUCCGGCUUUAUAUGUACUCUUUAAAUUGUGUCUUAUUUGUUAUUCCAGCUCCAUUUCUUUUUUUAGUGGAUUUAAUGGACAUAAUAAAAUGAAUGUCUAACUUA